CCCAAAUUCAAAGCCAAUCCUCCACUCCGGGGUAGUCCUCGCCGAUCUCUGAUUUUUGUCAUCAUGUUUGGGAUCCCAGAAAAUACUUGAACUUCUUCGAUCUCUAAUUCCAAUUCCACAAUUUAGCUUCAUUAGUUUUGAGAAAAAAAAGGCGGUUUUUUUUUUUAAAUUUUUUUUUGGGCUACCAAAACAGCUGAACCGGUAAGUGUUUUUUAUUUUCUCGGAAGCCAAACAAGAACUAUGUUAUUUUUUCCCCCUUUUCUGUAGCUAUUUUUUGUUGUUGCAAUCGCAUAGUAUUUUGCAUGUGAUGAUUAUAAGUGCAGCAAAGAAGGGCUGAAGAUUUACAACUGAGUCUUUAACAACUUGGAAGCAAGAUGAAAGGGCACGAGCACAAGAUGCCAAGAAUGGAGGACAUUCUUAACCUUCCGGUCCAAGAUCCUCCAUGUGCAGAGUUUUCUGCUGAUCAUCUCAAGUGGGUAAAAGUAGAGGGUGGUCGGCAAGGCGGCGAUGACGUUGCUCUUAUUCCGUUUGCUAGAGUGGACGAUUUCGUGAAAGGGGAAUCCUCGAAUGCAGAAUGCCCCGCUAGCUUCCGCAUUGAAUCAAGAAGGAAGAGACCUGAGGGGAGCAUCAGCAAACCAAGAGUUGAUGGAUACCUAGAAUACACGCUAUACUGGUGUUCAUAUGGUCCGGAAGAUUACCGAGAAAGCCAUUCUGGUUUGGAGGAUGGUUCAAACAUAAAGCCUGCAUCGGGGAAGGGAAGCAGGCCUGGGAGGCGUCAUAUGAUGAGAGGUUGCCUUUGCCAUUUUACGGUAAAACGGUUAUACACCCGUCCCCUACUUGCUCUCAUCAUCUACAAUCAAAGAAAACAUGUAGAUAAAUCUGGGGCCCCCUGUCACGGUAUACUCGAUCGGGAUUCCCUGGGGACAAGAGCUAUGUAUGCCCCACGAAUUUCAGAGGAUUUGCGACAAAAAGUGAUGUCUAUGCUUUACAUUGGAGUACCUUUGGACAGUAUAAUUCAGCAUCACGCUGAGGUGGUCCAAGGGCAUGGUGGACCACAUAACCGUGACGAUUUCCUAACACGCAAUGACGUUCGUAACAUGGAAAGGCUCAUUCGUAACUAUUCACAUGAGUUUCAUGCAAGCGAUGAAUGCAGUGUACAGAUGUGGGUGCAGCGCCAUCACAAGCAUGUUUUCUACCUUCAAAGUUACUCUGGGGUGGAACCAUUUGUUUUGGGCAUACAGACAGAUUGGCAGCUGCAACAGAUGCUACGCUAUGGAAACAAUGGUUCCAUGGCUUUCCAUUCAAUGUUCAGUUUGAAGAAACUUAAGUAUCCCUUAUGCACAUUACUUGUCUUUGACCUAUCACGGAAUGCUAUUCCAGUUGCUUGGGUGAUUUCCUCUUCUUUUGUAAAUCAAGAUGUCCAAAAAUGGAUGGGGAUACUUGCUGAGAGAGUGCGAACUAAGGAUCCUAGAUGGAGACUCAAUUCCUUUCUGGUGGAUGAUCCUUCCUUUAACGUCUCUAUAAUUAGAGAGGCCUUCCAGUGCCGGGUCCUAUUAUGCGUAUGGCAGGUUCGUCGUGCUUGCAUAAGAAGCCUUUUGAAAAAGUGUUGCAACAUUGAUGUGCAGCGGGAGAUCUUUAAGCACUUAGGAUGGAUAUUGUACUGCACAAGAAGUGAGCAACAUGCUAUGGAUGCACUUGAGGAAUUUAUGCAAGUAUUUGUUGAUCAAUGUGCCUUUAUGGAUUACUUUAAGAGACGAUGGUUACCAAGUAUAGAGUUGUGGAUUAGUGGCAUCAAGUCUCUCCCUGUGUCGAGUCCCGAACCCAAUGCCGCAAUUGAGUCCUAUCACUUGAGGUUGAAAUUGAAGCUUUUCAAUGAGCAAAAUGCUAAUUCUUGGUCUAGAGUCGAUUGGUUAAUCCACACACUUACAACUGAAUUUCACUCCUUAUAUUGGUUGGAUCAAUAUAGUUCAGAGACUGGGUAUUUUGACAACCUUAGGGACAAAGCUUUCUCAACCAAUGCUUGGUGCCAGGCUCUGCAAAUCCCAGAUGUCGAUGUCAUACUGGAUGAGCACAAUCUCCAGCUUGCAAAAGUCAUCUCCCAAACAGAUAGAAGCCUUGCAUACACUAUUUUGAAUCCCGGUUCAGAAUUCUCACUUUGUGAUUGCCCUUGGUCUGGGGUGGGAAAUCUCUGUAAGCAUGUCAUCAAAGUGGCAAUGUUGUGCAAGAGUCGGCAGGUUGCAAGGCCAUUACUAGCUGCUCAAGUUUAUCGACAGACGUUGCUUGCCCUCAUGCAGAACCCCCCGGAUGAUCCUCUAGUUCUUGAUCAUGCCAUUUUACAUGCAACCCGCUUGCAGCAGGAAAUCAAAGGCUUAGAAGAAUUGUCUAAUAACGGUUUGCUCCAACCUUUACCUCCCGAGAUCAGCUCUCAUGCAUCAGAAAACAUACUUUCUCCUUGCCUUUUUCAACUGGACCACUGAAAAGGAGAUGCUCAUGUCUAUGGUUUUCCAUGAGUCUGCGAAGUGGUCUUUUCUCUGCAACACAUCAUGGGGAAUCAGAACGUUUGGUUUUUGAACCAGCAAGCUUUGGGAUGGUUUUCUUUCAUUUAUUAAUUUGGAACAUGGAGUAAACAGGGAAUGCCAGAUGUAGCGGUUGCUCAUUCUGAUCAAAAUGACCGCUCCAAAAUUAGAACUGAGAAGGUUGAUGGCAAUGCUAUUGAGAUGUUAAGGCGUGAUUUCCCUAUUUAACAAGUCUCUGACUACAGUUUGUUCCAGAAGACUCUAUUAUAACUGGUUGGUCCAUGAUUAUCACCCUAUGAUUUGUUGCUCUUCUUUUACAUGCUUUGGUACACAAGAAAUUGGGACUGAUUUGAAAUUUAAGUAAGUUGAAAGGGUGGAUUUUGGCAUAUUUGAGAACCUUAUUAGGAAAGGAAAGUUGUUUCAUCUUUGACACUCAUAUCUAAUUGCUUGUGUGAAUCAAAAAAUUAAAUAGAAAAGAGCGCCAACCCGCCAAGUGACUUGCUUUAGGUCAAGAUAGAGAGAGAGAGAGAAGUACAAAAGCGAGGCUUGGCUAGCUAAAUGCACUAAUCCGUAAAUGAAAGCCCCCGCGGUGGUAGUACAUGGAUCAGCUGCAGAUUCCUCUGCAAACAAUACAAAUUGGAGUCAAAGAAGGGGGAGGGAGAGUCCUUCUACCCGCAACCGAUAGGGGAGGAUUUAUUCAAUCACAUGGUUUGAACUCUUAGAAUAUGGCGCAUCAGGCUUCCCUUCAUCGUAUCGAAAGCCUUAAUGGCGAGGUGUAAUAUGGUACACAGAAGGGUCACGGAAAAUUAGGCACAGUGAAUCGGAGUCUUUGAAGCCUUUGUACAUCAAAGAAGCAACCACUUGAUAACCUUCAUUCUAAGCUCAAGUUCAAAGUCUUCCUGCUCCUAUAAACAAGAUCCUUUGAUUUGUUCCAUCCUCUUAGUUUUUAAAUUUUCUAGGGCAUUUCUGAUCAUUUUGGCUUAGUUUGGGAUGAUUGUGUUUGUAAAAGAUGUUCUACUUUUAUUUAUGUAGCUUUUUAUGGUAGAGUCGGAUAGUGCAAAUGGAAAACAGGAAAAGUAGGAAAAAAAAAAAAAAGGAUAUAACUUGAGGGAGUUUCUUCCGUAGGAUCGAAAAAUAGAAUUACUAGUAGUUUCAUAUUUUUCCAGCCAUUUUCAAUCGUCAAAUGUGUAUAAAAAAUUGUCUACUGUUUAAUUUA